UUUCAAUUGCCGAUCGGCCCGGCCUAACUAAUUAUUUAAUAUUUAUUUUAUUGCAGCCGGCAGCUGAUGCAGUGGUGCUUACUGUUAAAUGUUUACCAAGAUACCAAAUAUCACGAUUUUUUUUUAAGUAUUGGGGUUCGUAUAAAAUUAGUAAUUACUAUUUAGUAUUUAGUUUAAUUUGGUAUUUUGGUCAUAAUGAACGUUAUCAUGUUGCCGUCAUUUGCCGAAUGCCAAUGCCGUAGUGAUGCGAUGUCUUAGCUGAUUCGAUCUUACUUCUUAUUAAUUCGGCAUUGUUGUCAUUUUAUGUGUAUGUGUAACACAUGACGCAUGUAAGUUAUAUAACGUCGAAGUGUCACAUUUGCUUCGAACACCAUAUUGUAUCUUCAAUCGCCAAAUGUCUAUUUUUCGUCGGGUUUGGCCUACUGGUACGUCUGGUACAUGUCGUUCACCGCUAGGACCAAAUUGAAUUUUGUCGAAAAUCAAUAAAUAACAAUGUCCGUUUGUCAUUAACUCACCGCUCGUAGCUGACAACAUUGAUCGCACUAUCGCAGCUGGUCGUUGCGUUUUACCGGGUUUCGCCGCUUGUUUGUUUAAUUUUCGCUAGUGCCGGACUGCUCGAAGAAUCCUUCGUCAUGAAUAACUCGCAGAUGCAUUUGCAUAGCGAGAAUUUCGACCUAUGCAGGAUUUGCCUGCUAGAACCAGAGACGAACAGACACAUCAAAUUUAUUCACAUUUUUACGCCGAACGAUGGAGGUUUAAAACUGAAUCAACAGAUGAUAGAAUUAUUAGGAAUCAAAGUUGAGAAGGAUGAUAUUAAACCAAAAAUGAUAUGUGAGAAUUGUCAUAAAUCAUUAAUGAGCUGGAUUGAAAUGAAGAAGAAAGCAGCCGAAUCUCAAAUUGUUAUCAAUUAUAUUGCUACAAAAAAAUUUUGUGUUACUAUCCCGGGAACAUCAAAUGCAACUUAUUCAUCGCCAGAUUCAAGGAAUAAUGAAGAAUCUACUAAGGAAUCAUUUUCAUUCACACAUUCUCGAUCAAUAUCAAAACAAUCAAAUAAUAAUAGAACAAAUUUAAAUGGUUGUAGUAGUUUAAAUAUUAACAACAGUAAUAAUAAACAAGGUAAUUCAAGUCGAUCAUUUAAUACAAAUCAUUCAAAAUCAACAUUUUCUGAUAGUGAAUCAGAUGAUGAUACUUCUUGUUUAGAAGUCAAAACCCCAGUUGAAAUAAUUGAACUAUCAUCAGACAGUGAAGAAUCUGUUAAAAAUAAUUUUAAAAAUGAACACAUAAAUGAAGUUGAAAAUGAAAAAUUACACUAUUGUUCCAUCUGUCAAAAAAAGAAUAUUUUGAAUCAUGAUUGUUCACAAUACAAUAAAUCUUUCUUUACUUGCUUAGUGCCUAAUUGUAACAUUCUAUCAAGAUCAAAAAAAGAUUUUACACCACAUUAUCGACGACAUAUUGGUUUGUCUUCUACAGCAGUCAUGUGUCGUCGUUGUUAUCAAGAAAUAAAAAAAUCUGAUCGUGAUACCAAUGGUCAUUAUCAUAUACGCUGUCGUACUGUAAAUUUAUUUAAAUGUUAUGCAUGUAAUGUGAUAUUUAACAGUAUGGAAGAAUUUGCCUAUCACAAAUUAAAAACACAUAAUGGCCGAUUAAUGAACUCAUAUGGUAAUUAUUUAUGUUUUUAUUGUGAAAUAUCAUCUCCAGAUCUAACAAACAUUAUUGAACAUACUAAGCAUUGUCUUGAAAAUCAGUCAAAAAAUGUAACUGAGUAUGGUAUAAAACUAAAAGAUUCUACAGAAAAUGUAACUGAAUUAUUACCUGUUAAGAAAAGUACUAUGAAGAAUAAUAUACUAGAACGUAAAAAAGGAAAAGAGAAAAAGAUUCCACGUGCAUCAACAUAUGUACUAUUUACUUGUUUAAAACCGUCUUGUAAUCUUAUCUUCCAAAACUUUAAUGUUUUUAAAUUUCAUCAUCGCGAGCAUUUUGAAUUUGGAAGUAAAUUGAUGUGUUGGCAAUGUUGUGUACCAUUUUCUGAUUUAAAUGGUCUUAGAGCUCACCAAGUAAAAGGCUGUCGUACUCCUGGAAUGUUCAAAUGUUAUGAAUGUUCUGAACAAUUUGAUGAUCUUCAAAGUUUAAGUAUUCAUAAAUAUACCUUACAUAAUGGUGAUUUAAUAGCAAAUAAGAAAAAUAAGACUAUUGCAUGUGCAUACUGUCAUAUGGAAAUUCAUAUUAAUAAUUUUAAAUCUCAUUUGAUUGCAUGUCAAUACAAUCAAGUUAAUAAGAAUGUAAAAAUUAAACCUAAAUCUACCUACACUAAAAAAUUCAAAGGUCCUUUUAAAUGUACAAUUUGUAAUAAAGUGUGUCUUACAGCAGCAGCAUUAAAAAGUCAUAUAAAGGUUCACAAUCCAUCUCCUACAAAAAAAACUGUGAAAAAAAGAAUGAGUAAUACUUCUUUAAGAACUGAAAAUUUUGUUGAAGUGUCCAACUCUAGUUGUAAACAAGAAACUGAUCUAGAAGUAAAUCAAAGUAAUACUUCUCAACUUAAUACAAUUGUAUCUAUUGAUAAUGACAUGACCAAUACUGGUGAAAAUAAUGAGAUGGAUGUUGAGAUGAAUACAUUAACUGAUAAUUCAAGUAAUGAAGCAUUGGAAUCUGUUAAUUAUGGUGUGUUUCCAAUUGUUAAUAAAUUUGUUAAAUGUAAUAAUUGCCCUAGAAAAUUUAAAUCAAAUUCAGGAUUAGCAAGACAUUGGCAAUUUUGUUGUAAUUCUAUACCAAGUUCUUUAAAAAGUAAACCUCACAAUUAUUAUUGUACCAAAUGUAAAAAAUAUUAUACACGCCUAACUUUCUUUCAACAUUGGAAAAUACAUCAUGGAAAAAGACUCCAAUGUCAUAAGUUUAGACGAUAUUCUUGUAAAAAAUGUCCCUUUAAAUUUAUGUACAAAAUAGCAUUAUCAAUGCAUAAUGAACAUGUGCAUGGCGAACAAGACAACACAGUAGCUAUUACAUCUAAUAUACCUCCUUCUAGCUCUGUAGUAAUGUUACCAGUUAUAUCUGAAACCACAUCAUUGGCUAAUAAUAUUCCUGAAACAACUACAGAAAAUAAUGAAGAAAACAAUGUACCAAUUAAACAAGAAGCAAAUACAAUAUCAAAUCAAUGGGAAGUGUCUAAUAAUGAAAUCAAAGAAAAUAUAAUUGAACAUGAUAUAAAUGAAAAAAAUAAUGAAGUCAAUGACUUGAAAAAUAAUGAAAAACAGGAUAUGAAAUAUAACAUUGAUAAUAAAGACGAUGAAACUAAUGUUUGCACUGCACAAGAUAUUAAUCAAGUUGCAGACAAAUUGAAUGAUAAUGAAACAAUAGAAAAUCUCUCUAAUGAUGAAGAUAUAGUAGCAGUUAAUAAUAUAUGUUCAACAGUUAUUUCAGAAUGUGACCACAAUUAUGCUGAUAAAACAAUCACUGAAAUAGAUAAUUUUGAAACAAGUUUAUCCUCUAUAAAAGAAGAGAAUCAAAUUAUUUUAAAUAAUGAAUUAGUAGCAAUAAAUGAGACCCAAAAUAUUAGUCCAGUAAAUGAACCCAAAAUCGACAACUCCAUACAAGAAUUCCCUACUUCAAGUGAAUAAAAGCAAUGGAAAAUAAAAAAUUAUUGACUUCAAAGCAUGUAAUCUUUUUUACUGGUGUUAACUAACACUAAAAUUGAUUAUAUCAAACUUGAGUAAAUUUAAAGAAAAAAUAUCUUAUUAUAAUUAUGAAAUAAAAAAUAAA